CGAGGGAGAGGAUUAAUGUGUCCUCUCAGGAGCCAAAAUCCAGAAACAGCACUAAAAUAUCAGAAUACUGGGUUUUACUCGAGCCAGUGCUAUGGCCACUCUGUUCCUCAAAUGAAUCAGUACCAUUGUCAAGCGAUGCAAGAACAGAUGCUGAAACAACAGUGUCCUUCUAUUUGGGGCAAACAGCAAGUGAAUGAGGAAGAGAACGAGGAGGAUGAUGAUAAUCAAGGUUUCUAUAUGGAAAAUCACAGGAAUGGAAAGGAAAUACAAUUAUGAAUACAAGGAGCAUUCAUAAGCUUUACCGUAAUGGAAUUGGGGGAAGUACUCCCAGUAAUGUGAGCGGAAGCGGUUCUGGUGGGAGUGCUGGCAGUGGUUUUAGAAUUAGAAUACCUACCGAAGUGAGUAUAGCUCAACCAGGACCCAAGUUUUAUGCCAAAGUUGAUCAGAAGUACACUGGAAACCCUAAUUUGAGUUCUAACUCGAAUUCUAAGCCUAAUUUUGGAGUUGGGACUGGGUCUGGAUCCGGGUUGGGGAGUAGUAGGGUUUUAAGGGGUUCAGAUGAAAUUGGGAAUGGAUCCGGGUUGGGGAGUAGUAGGGUUUUAAGGGGUUCAGAUGAAAUUGGGAAGAAGAGGGAGAGAGAACCGAUGGAGGAGAUGGUGGCGGCAGUCAAGGUGUUAGGAGAUGGUUUUGUGAGAAUGGAGCAGAUGAAGAUGGAAAUGGCAAGGGAGAUAGAGACCAUGAGAAUGGAGAUGGAGACGAAACGCACGAAGAUGAUUCUGGAGUCGCAACAGCAUAUUGUAGAGGCUUUUGCAAAGGCUUUCUCGGAGAAGAAGAAGCCCAAGAGAAAAAAUCCGUGCAAGCACUCGAUUUUACAUACUCUUUUGCCGUCUCCCUGGCCCUGGCCCUGGCUUUCUUCUUCUCUGCGACUGGUAGUGUUAUUGAUGAAAAUGGAUCGAUCUCAAUUUCUGCUCUUAGGGUUACCAAUCUUUCUAUUUUUCACCGAUAUUGUAAAUCUCUUUACGAUACAACCACCUCCAAAACCUGCUCUAAAUGAUUAUAACAUCAUCCAAACAGAGCCUAAUCAAGUUCUCCAACAACAACAGCAAAAACCCCUUCAAUUUCCUAUACAGAAAUCACCGUCAAUGGCAAUUGGUGGAUUAGGUGACACUGGCACUGGCAGCACUGUUAAUAUUGAUUUCUGUGCUUCCUGUUCUUAUAGAGGAACUGCUAUAACUAUGAAAAACAUGCUGGAAACACAAUUUCCUGGGAUUAAUAUUGUUUUGGCAAAUUAUCCUCCCUCACUUCCAAAGCGCUUACUGAGCAAAGUGGUUCCAGUUUUUCAAUUCGGAAUCAUUGGACUAAUCAUGGGAGGUGAACAAAUCUUUCCAAAGUUAGGAUUUGCAGUUCCACCUUCUUGGUAUUACUCUCUGCGUGCAAACAGAUUUGGAAGUAUUGCAAGCACUUGGCUUUUUGGAAACUUUAUUCAGUCCUUCCUCCAGAGUUCUGGUGCAUUUGAAGUAUAUUGCAAUGGUGAAUUGGUUUUCUCGAAGCUAAUGGAAAACAGGUUCCCUGGCGAAAUUGAAUUGAGGGAUCUUGUUGGCAGAAGACUUGCUAAUACAAGAAUCGUUCAUGGCGAUGGAGAUAUCUGAUCCUAGUACCCUGACAGGUCAAUACAAGCUAGACUUUUCACAUACAAAUUGUUGUAAGCAACGGCCUUCUUUUUCUUGUUUGUAACUUCUGCAGUUGUGCUUUCGUUCAUUCUCAAGGGAGACAUUACAUGGUCUUAGGAUCCUUCAGUUUUCCUGAAAUUCUCUGGCUAUUUCUUUUUAACUCUUUAACUCAGUUUUAUGUUUUAGAUAUUAGGCAGCCUCCCAUAUUUGCUAUUGAAAUAUGUUGCUAAUAACAAUAUUUACUUCUGAAAACACUUAGCUAUUUGCCAAUAACACAAGGAAGAAUUUGAGGGUAGUUUCUAAAA